AUGGCGUCUUGUACUUCAUUUAAAAUCCAAGAUGUUCGACGGAAGGCCACUCCUGUAGCAUUCAGUUUUCAAGAGGUUAGUAUCCGUACCCUCCAUCCAAGCAAGAAACGUCAGGGAAUAUCAGUCAAGUUGAGAAAAUCGAUAACGACAGGGUCGUCACUGAAUAGAAGGACCAGAGUGACGAUUAGAUUUAUGCCAAAGGAGAAGAUUAUCGAAACAAGCCCUAGUCUUCCCCAAUCUGGUCUGGCCAUCCCUUUCUUCGGGAGCCAGAAUCUGUUCAUGUCCAACAGUGUCGUGAACGUAAAACUGGUAAGCCCACCAUCUGUGUCCAUGGUGUACGAGUUCACCAAGUCGUGGGUGGCAUCUUCGGCUUCAAACAUUGACGCCGUCCCGAAGUCGCCACAGGUAGGAGAAUUCUUCUCGAGCGUAGGUAUCGACCCCAAGAAUCUCAUUAUCCUGAUAAAGCAAUCCUGGAAUCCUUCUGCCCUCGUGGAGUGGGCGACACUGGCCUCUGCCCACAAGAUUGACUCAAUAAACCUCAUCUCAUCAGGCUUAUCAAUCGUAAUAACGGGCUGGGUACGAGCUACCGAUACUAUUGUGGAUCUAGGCGUGUUCGCACUCAACUUUUCGACUGGUGGUAGCGGAGGCGGAUAUAAAUUGAAUUCUUCGGGUUCAUAUACAGCAGAAUCUGUACCGGUUUCAUCUCUGGUGUUGACGGGGCGACUUGGCCUAAAGCAUGUCCAAAUUACUGGCAUGGUGGGUCAAGUUCGUUCUCUUCGGCCUUUACCAGACCUUCGUGAUCAAGUACCUAGUCAUUGUUCACAUUAUCGUACACUUCGAGCCUCUCUAUACCGUCUCUGUUGUCCCAUUUCCGGCAUUCCUAGCGCUACUCCUCAAUUAAAUUUUCCACCCAUAGCUGCAUCUAUCCCACGUCCUGAUGUAUAUCUCGAAAUGAUAACUCAUAUCCUUCUAUGCUAUACCCGGAAUCUGGGUCUUUAUAUAUUGGGCAGCCCUUAUCGGGAUGAAAGGUGGCCUAGUCUCGGAGGCAAACGAAGCAACAUUGCCAGUAGCAGUUGGAACAACCCUGUAGUGAGGAUACCGCUCGAUGCGAUCCGAGCGUAUGUACACAGGGACACAGGGUGGUUUUACCCGGCCGUCUUAAUUCCCGGAGUAUUUUUGAUCUGGAGUCUAGCGAUGCUUGCAUCCGACAUACGCCUUCCUUCUGCAGUCAUUGCGGGGUGCAAUGAUAUACAUGUGGUCAUAUUCGAAGAUACGCACGAAGGGUUACUGGCAGUACUACUCGCGAAGGUGGGCCUUCUACAUUGUAAUGAAAUCCUGGUUCUGAAGGUGUUUGAACAUGGGACGAGGAACUCUGACAUGUUCUUGACGGAGGGGUUGAAGACUUGGAUAGCGCAUCCUAUGCUCCAUUCUGCUCCUUCUUCCAAUCUUGAGAGGAGCAUGAAUUCCGAGAAAGGGUUGGUCGUCGUCUUUGUGGUUUUUAGAAAAAGAAAACUCAAAUGGACGGGAUUUGGUAAAUCUAGACUUUGUUACACCAGUCCACCCACCUGUCAACCAUGGAUGGCCUACCAGCCAUGGUCCGGUCAAUCAUCCACUGCAUUUUAUCAUCCAACUUUGGGUUAUGAUAGAGAAGUUUUGGACAAGAAAUUGCAUCCUUUCGGCGCUCUCCUAGCUUCUAAAAAGAGGUUUAACGGCUAG